AUGAAAAACCGUGAUAUGAUGCCUGGCUUUGCUCUAGGACUUUCUAAUCACAGCAGCAUGCGAAAUCCUUCUUCUAUGUUCCAUAACUCUCAAGUCUUCGAGCUCUCCUCUAUCAAAAAACAAGAAAUUCCUUCUCAUUCUUCUAGAGAUCACAAUUUUAUUUUACCAAUCUCAAUUAACUGCAAAUUUUGUGGCCAAAAAGAGCAGCCAAACCACCGGCUUAUCAAAGUCUGCAAAUGCACAACCAAGUGCUGAGCCCACGAAGACUGCAUAAACUCAAGGCAAAGCAAAGAAAGCACAUGCAAGCUCUGCCAUCACGAAUUUAUAUUAAAUUAUGAUAAAGAAAGCGAAGCAAGUGAAAUGGAAGAGUCAAGCAUUCUGCAAAGCUUAGAAGAGCAAACUGAUAGAAAUAACCAAGCGUCAACCCCACAGAUGAGCUCACUUAUUGAGAGCUCAGGCGAGGCAAGGAUGAGAAAAGUAAUUAAGGCUGCUACUUUGAAGCCUUAUUGCAGGAUUUGUAAAAGUGGGGCUGAUAAUUUGAGCAAUAAAUUGAUUUAUCCAUGUCAGUGCCAUACUGUGAACCCUAAAAAGUCGUGGGCACAUAGGAAUUGUAUAUUUGAUGAUAUGCUGUGCAAUAUCAGGAUAUUUAUUAGAAAAUAGGGAAAUUUAAUUUUUCUGCAAAAAAUAGGGUCAGAAUUAUAGGAUUUUAAUAUAGAUUAUAAAAUUCAUAAUAUAAUCCAAAAGCAAUCAGAUAUUUGCCCAAUGUGCAAAGCACAGUUUGCAUUUGCAUGUGAAACAGAGAAAAGUUGGAUUUGCAAGGAUUCAGAAUUAUGCGGAGAAUUUACAGCUCAGUUAUUUGGGAUUGCCCUGCUUUUUGUGUUUUGUAUUGGUGUCAUUGUGUUUUUAACAUCAACUCCAGGAAUUGACCUUGAUGAAGGUGAAAGUGUGUGGCGAUGAAUAUUAGUUGCGCUAUUAGUCAUUCUACUAAUCCUCUCAGUCCUUCUCCUAGGCUUCCUCAUCUACCUGAAAACUACAGAAGAAAAGGUAAAAUCGAUUUACGUUCUCUGUCAGCGUCAAGAAAUCGCAAAAAUGACCUCUACAAGUCAUAACUUGUUCAUCCACUAUUUAGAAAAACUAAAGAAAAGCCAUUUAAUUCCAGAAGCCCCACCCCCAGCAAUCAAAGCAAUAAGACAAAAAAAGCCAAAAAUGCCUGCAGAAGUCAUUGAAGACAGAAAAAGCAUAGAUUUUCAAGAUCACAUGGAAGAGCCAGAAAUAUCAAGACUUAUUAUUAAUACUGAUACAAAUGGAGAAAAUUUCGACUCUAAAGCCUUAAAAGAACACUCAGAUUUUAAAGAAUCCUCAAUAAUACAUAUAAGCUUUAUUAGCAGUGAAGAUAUAAAAGAAGAAGAAAUGAAAGAGCAUAGCAGUUUUAAGUCUGCAGAGUUCAAUUAG